AUGUCUCCCUCCGCUACCGAAGCCACUGGCACCACAGCCAAGACAUCAUCCAAAAUUAACGAUGCAGUUUCACCCUCAACCUCAAUCCACACAAUACCCCUCAUUAUCAACAAUGAACCUCAUCAAUCUAGCAGAACUUUUCCUGUCCAUUCGCCAUCAGAUAAUUCACACCUUCACAAUUGUGUAUCUGCAUCUGCAUCUGAUAUUGACCUCGCUUUGGAUACAGCUCAAAAGGCCUACCCAGCAUGGAGCAGAUUACCGCCACCCCAAAAACGCGAUAUCUUUCUUCGAGCAGCCGAGAUAAUGCUCGAACAAAAGUCUAUGCUUGAAGAAACCAUGAUUAAAGAAACCGGCGCGGACCCCAUUUGGGCUGGUUUUAAUACUCAUCUUGCUCGAGAAGGUCUUCUCGACGUUGCCGGCCGUAUAACUUCCAUCGUGGGUAGUAUCCCCAUGACGUCAGAGGAAGGUCGAAGUGCACUUGUCUACAAAGAGCCUUAUGGAGUUAUCCUCGGCGCUGCACCAUGGAAUGCCCCCUAUAUUCUCGGUUUCCGAAGCAUCACCUAUGCACUCGCAGCUGGCAAUUGCGCAAUUCUCAAAGCACCAGAGUUUUCACCAAUGUGCAGUUGGCAUAUCUGUGAUAUCUUACACAAAGCUGGGUUACCUAAAGGUGUAUUAACAUACAUAGCAAUUUCAAGUGAGGAUGCUCCGGCGAGGACGGCACAAAUGAUUGAGAGCCCGAUCAUUAAGAAGAUUAACUUUACGGGUAGUACCAGGGUAGGAAGGGUUUAUGGAGAAUUAGCGGGAAAGAAUCUUAAACCUGUGGUGUUGGAGUUGGGUGGGAAAGCCAGUGUCAUUGUGUGGGAAGAUGCGGAUUUGAAAUUAGCAGCUGUGGAGUGUGCAAAGGGGGCUUUCUUACACUCGGGUCAAAUCUGUAUGAGUACGGAAAGAAUUCUUGUCCACAAGAAUGUUGCAGCAGAAUUCGAAAAAGAAUUAGCGGCCGCUACUGCAGAGAUGUUCCCUUCACCAACAACCCUCAUCACCUCUCAAGGCGUCUCCAAAAACGCAUCUUUAAUCUCAGAUUCCCUUUCCAAAGGCGGCUCCAUUCUCCACGGCACACCACCUACUGAUUCCUCUCCCACCACCAAAAUGUCCCCAGUAAUCCUCAAAUCCGUUAACUCCUCCAUGGCCAUUUACCGUGAAGAAUCCUUCGGGCCCACCGUCUCAGUGAUCGAAAUCUCCACCGAAGAAGAAGCGAUCCGUAUCUCCAACGACACCGACUACGGGCUCGCAGCAGGUAUCUAUACUCGGGAUUUACAGCGGGGAUUGCGCAUUGCGAAAGCAGUGGAAAGUGGUGCCGUGCAUAUCAAUGGGCAUAAUGGGAGUGUACAUGACGAGGCGGGAUUGCCGCAUGGAGGCAUGAAGAAUAGUGGAUUUGGACGAUUUGGAUCGCUUGGCUUGGAGGAGUGGGUCAGGACGAAGACGGUGACAUUUAUGGAUUAG